GGGAAAUCGACAAAAUGGCUUUCGCUGGCAAAAUUUUUGGGAUGAAAGGUAGAGAAAAUUAGUUUCCAGAUGUUCCUUUUAUUUUGAUCUAUGAGAUGAUUAGAGCAAUAAAGAAGAUUCCUGCAGUGUAGGUGAAAAUUCCCAAGAUGUCCAACUUCAUUCCGAUGCUAUCAUCGAGCCCACCGCCCCUUGAUGAUUCACAGUCUUUCAACGAUGGAUGGCCGCAACACAACGACGAUGAUGACGAUGAUUUUGGAGGAUUUACCAGUGCAGGAACAAAAUCAGAGGAGUCCACAAACUUUGCCAAUUUCAAUUCCGAAUGCCCCGCUGAGGUGCAAAAAGUUAAGGAUUUGAAUUCUCAUGACCAUGAUAAUGCAAACGAUUUUGGUGGAUUUGCCGAUUUCAAAAGUGGGAAAGACUCUGAGCCUGGCUGGGCAAAUUUUUCUAGUGCACAUUCUGACACGUCUCCUAACACCGACUCUCAGAGUGGCUUUGCCGAUCUCAGCUCCCCUGCAUCUUCAGGACCUCCGGUAUUGAGUCCGAGGUUAAAUGAUAAUGAAGAAGAUGAUGAAUUUGCAGAUUUUGAGCAAGGUCCGACGAAACGUGAGAUUUUAGAGAAUAAACUUGAUUCAGACACGCCGAAACGUCCCAAUUCUGUCCAUUUUCAGCGAUCAGAAAAGACUGAUACCCCGUCUGGGACAGAGACCCCAGGUAGUGAGAGAUACCCUGGUUUUAAAAAGUCAAGUAUUGAUAAUACUAGUCAGGACUCCAUCAUUGAUUCGGGUCUGAGUAGUGACAUUUCACCCCUGCCAAAAUCCGAGGACUAUCCAGACUUCAGCGAAGACAAUAAAAGCAACGAUUUAGAUUGUGAUUUCGCUGAAAAUAAAUCCGUCAGUUCUUGCCAUAAUAGUGACAAUAAUCCUACCAGCUGUGAUAAUAUGAGUAAUUCAUUCCAAGGCCAGGGUGAACCCAGUCAGGGUCUCGACGAUAGCCAAGACACAUUGGUUGACUCGAAAUCAAGCGAGCAACCAGUGGAAGAGGAUGAAAAUGUAGAAAAUGUAUCUAAUUGCCAAAGCGAAUUAAUAUCUGAAAGUGAAAGUCCGAGUGAAAGAACUUCAGAGUCUGGAGGUGAGAAUGUGGCACCUUGUGGUGCUCACGAAGGAGUCGAUUCUGGUCAUGAAAAAGAAGUGUCAAAAGAGGAUGAUUUUGCAGAUUUUGAGGUCGGUGAAACGAAUUCCGAUCAUGGGUCAGAUGGUUCUGAUGGCGAUGAGCGCCACCUAUGUGAGGAGAAUUCUAAUCAUUCGUCCACGCUUCCUCAGGAUUGCACCGUCGCUGAUGGUGAUGAUUUUGGGGGGUUCAGUUCCGUGCAGAAUGAUGCUGGUUCGUGUAGCUCAGACAUGUCAGAGGGUGGUGCUGGUGAUGAAAAAUGUGAUAGAUCAUCACCAAUCCCGGAAAAUAUGGGCACAAUUAAUACUACACCUUCCGAAGAAAAUACAGAAACUGAUUCUUUACCUGUUGCCGAAAAUAAAUCUUCUGUUUUUGAGGAGAAUACUGAGAUUGAAUCAGAUUCCAGCAGUCCCGGUGAUACACAUGGAACUGAAGUUGACAACUGUGUCAAUGAAGACCGUGCAAAUGUUGAAUCGACUGGUUCGGAAAUGGAAGAAGGCUCUGAGGUUGGAGUAACAUUGGGAAGUGAGGUGGUUGAGAAUGACACGCUGGGGGAAGAUGAAGAGGUUGAGGAUGAAGAAGGGAAUGUCAAAGCUUCUUCUGAUAUGAAAACUGUCGUUGAACAAGACGGAGAUAGUUCUGAACAAAAAGAUGACAGUGAAAGUAACACUGGUAGUGGUAGUAAGGGAGAGGAGGAAUUAGACUUUGGCGAACUUUCAUUCCGGGCCCCGGGGACACCUGAUGAGGGUUUGGAAGAUGGGGAUGGUUUUGACGGUGUGGAGGGUGAUGCCACUGGUGACGAAUGGGCUGGGUGUUCAUCAGGGGUUCUGACGGAGGGUGGUGCUGGCGAUGAUGACGGGGAUGAAUGGGCGGCCUUUGGCACUGCUGAUUCUCCAGCAGGCGAUAAUGAUGAUUGGGCAGCUUUUUCUGGUGCCACGACGGAGCCACCUCCGUUGCCUUACAAUGACGACGAUGAAGAAACUUUCUCAGGUCCGACGGCAACAGAGCCGCCACCCCAAUCAGAGAUUCCAGACAAUGAUGACGGUGACGAUGAGUGGGCCGGGUUUUCUGGUCCUAGUUCAUCAGUACCUCCACCAAUGCCUGAUGAUGACAAUGAUGAUGGUGAUGAUGAUUGGGGAGGAUUCUCGGCCCCUGAACCAGUCGCAAAGGACACCAGUCCAACUCAGGAUGACGAUGACGAGUUUGGAGAGUUCACGGAACCGCCUGCACCGCUGGAUAAACCAUCGCCAAGUUCUGAAAAGCCUUCUACUGCUCAAGUCUGGUCAAAGGUCGCCAAACCACAGGCAGCCAAAGUCGACAGUGCCAUCUCAAAGUGUUUUCCUAACCUACAAAUAAAUGCUGCAUUAGUUACCAUAGCAACGCUCACAAAUGUUGUAGGGAAAGAACUUGAGAGAGCGUCAAAGCCCAAGACAACAGAUCGUCAAAAGAAGCAAAAAAGCACCCCAUCUGUGAUCGAUGUGAACAUCUGGCAGCACCUAAAAGACUUGGAGGAGACUAACGCCCUCACGUGUACUUGGAGUCACUCUAGUAAUAACCAGCGACUCCUGAAGGCACUGGCUAUAGACCCUCGCAAUAUUCUUGUCACCAAGAAAGCCGCCGUGCCGAUAUUUGCUGCAAGUCUAGGUCUACUUGAGCCGAGUCGGGGUGGUGUUCUAGAACCCACUAAACCAGGAGAUGUUACUGAGCCGACCCUAGUUGACACAUCAAAGGAAACACCCGUCCAGCAGCCUGUUGCAGGCGAGGCUAUUCCACCUGUGGAGUUUGACUGGGGCAGUAGUGGCCUGACCAAUCCUCUUGACUGUGAUAGGCAUGUUGUUGAACCCAAAGACACAUCAUCAGACAAAUCAGAAGAACCCUCAAACCCCAUCAUCGAGCAUGUCCAACCAGAACAACCAUCCCAAACAAGUUCUAUUGAGCCAGAACAACCUUCCAAAACAAGUUCUAUUGACCCAGAACAACCCUCAACAAAUAGUGAGCCAGAAUCAUCAAAUCUUGAGCCCGAUACAACAUCAACAAGUAGUGUUGAACCAGAACCGCCCGAAACAACUACCAACUCUUCAAGCCUGCUCGAUCUUGACUUCUUUACCAAAAACCAGAAAAACAACAUUUCAGCCCCUUCCAAGUCGUCGGCAUUUGAAACUGAAUUCCUCAGCUCGAUCGAACCUCCUAAACCGAGCGAAUCCAAACCCAUGAACUCACUCGAGUCUCUACUUAGCGGCAUGAAAUUUACGACAACAAUGGCCAAGCCCAAAAUCACGAAGGACGAAAACAUAUCUACGGAUGCGAGCAAAGUCCUGGGAAGUUUACCCGAUUUGAGCUUCAUGCAGGCAAAAGUUUUGAUGUUUCCAGUGAAGGCAUCAGUCCCAGAGUGAAGUCGGCAAGUUUUUAAAAAAUGAAUUUUGUGCUUUGAGCUUAGCUUCCACUGAAUUCUUAAAUAGUGAGAUAUGUAACAACGUUUAACGUAUGAGCUGUAAACCCACCCUACCAAGGUAGUGGAAGGUGUCACAAGAGGCACACUUGUCAAGUCAGGUUUCUUGUUUUAGUAAUUGGACUGUACAGGAUCUCGUAUGUGAGAGGCAUUAUUUAUGUAAAUUGGACGGAAACUGUGACUUUCAAUGAGUUAACCAGGCAUUGCCGCAUGUAUGUUAAGCUUCCGACCACAUAAGCGUUAUCAGAGAUUUCUGUUACCUUGACCCCGUGUUAGAACUGAAGGUGUUCUUAAUAUCUAGAAAGUUGAUGAACUGAACUUUGGGCCACAACAGUUACGAGAAAUACUCAUUCUGAUAACAUUUUGCAGUUACAGAGCAUUACUGUACACAACUUUGGUCUUGUUGGAAUGUUUCUUCUGAAUCAGUCAACUCAUUUUUGGUGGAAAUUAGUAUGAUCUAAGUUCUGAAUCAUAUUUGCCUGGAUGCUAAUCAGCCGAAGUGGAGCCAUUAGUCAGCUUGUUUACAUCUUGUUUUACAAGGUUUUAUGAGGUAUUCCAUGUCAUGUUCACAGGUGGCAGCACCAGACAGAAAGCUAUUUCUUUUCAGAUUACCAUGGUCCAUUUGGCAUAAGGUGAUCUUCUGUAUUCAUCAGUAUAUCCUGGUGCAGUCCUAGUACAUUCUUGAGGUUUCUAUCAAUCAUGGCAUGAUUGAUGGGCUAUCGGCCUUGUGUAAAGAAUUUGCUGAAUAUGAGUUGCAGGUCAUGAGUUUUACAUGACUAGUCCAGGGCUGCAUCAUUGUCCACCCCUCUUUCUUCAAAUUUCAAUCACCCUCGGUCCAGCAUAGCUACAUAUGUGAUGUCACUUUGCAAAUUAAUUAAGAUCCAGCGCAUUAUCUGCGACCAGCGUCAUAUGGAAUCUGCUUGCUUGCUCCGGUCUCCUGUUGUCAUGGUUACCGGCUGAUGCCACCAACAAGACGAAGCUGAGCGGUUCCAUCGUUCAUCGCCAGCCUUUGCCAAGGCUGACAGUCUCUUAAUGUCAAGUCAGAGUGUCAAAACAAUUGGGAUUACUUUUUAAGAGGGCGGUGGGUCUUGCAAUUAUUUGACAUGGCUUGAGGUAUUUUCUUAUUUACGUGUACUGCCGCAAGCUUCCAGAAUCUUCAAUCAUUUGAACGUCAUAUUGGUCUGAAACAGUUAGCGAGUGAAAAGUUGUUUAGGUUCUCGAUACGAUUUUAUUCUGAUUAUCUCCACACUAGUGAGGUGACAUGAAUGAGGUCUUCGUUGGGUCUUGUUUAUCUUGGCGAUGAGUUUGUUGAUGUUGAUAAGUUGCCAACAGGGCCUCAUGAAGAUGCCACUUUUGUUCUGUCAUUGAUUAAAACUUUUGAAAUCAGUGGCUCUGAUAUCUUAAGUGGUGUUUUCUCUCAUCCCUCACCCAAUUCCAUGAUCAAAAUAUUUUAUUUACAAUAUCUGCAAUCAUUGCGUCGGAACAGGAUAAAUCACUGGUCACCUUGACAUUCAACAACCCACCAGUCCAUUCUCGAGACAAACAACCCUAUGAGGUAAACACCUCAUGAUACCAUUCACCACACCUAGGUGGCAGCACCCAUACACUUGGCACAUUUUCAAUAUGCUGUGACAUCAUUAGUGAUUGACGUACUGAGCCAGUUCUCUGAAUGUAGGUUAUGAUAGUUCGAAAGAGGUGCAUCAUGCAUACUCUUUCAUGGCGUAGACAAUGACUGCUUGAAAAAUAUUCCAACGGUUUGAUGUCACUUUUGAAGAAAAACUAAUUUCCUUGUCAAGGGGCUGAUACCAUCACCAAACUCGGCAUGUCUCACCCGAUAGCAUGUGAUUGCUGAGUGCAAAUGGUGUUUAGAAUAUACCUUGCGCUAUGACGUGCUUGACUCCGCAGAUAAAGGGUUAAGUAAAUUGUCUCCAAUGUUGUUUGUUUGGGACUGUUUUUGGGUCAUCAAGGAUAAAGGUGUACUUCUUAGUAUUUUGAUUUGGUGGCAUUAGUUUUGACAUCUAAUGAGUCGGUGAGUUUUGGCACUAGUCAAAGCGUCUUUUAGGAAGAUCAAAGUAUUGAAUUGUUUUUUAAGAAGAUUGACUUCUAGAAGUCAUUGACUAAAAAUCAGUUACUGGGUAGUUUUGACUUUUUCGUACUUUCACCUAGUUAAUAUCAACCUUUUUUACUGAGCUAGAAACUAGAGAAGAUGCUACAAUGUUUUAAGUGUUGUCUCCACAAAUGAACAAUUCUUUUCUACCGGUAAUUGUCAAGAAGGAGGAAAACUAUUUGUCUGUUCUUAAAAAUUAUAUAAUUGAACACAACUCUGUCUAAAUUCUCACCAUCUAAUUGAAAGAACAGGAAGCAGCAAACAACCACAAUGCAUCAUCACAUUGACCACUCAAAAAUUAUCUCAUUUUGCCAAUGAAAAGUUUUUUAAAUUUGAAAGCCAUUUAACACUUUAAGAUGACCCCUGGCGGUUUGAUGCAUUCUAUUGUCUGGAGAGUUUGUUCUUUUGGACUCCGGUUUUGUUGUUGCAUUGUGACGUGAUGUAAGAUAGAGACAGUGACCAUGGCCGUGAACUCUGCCUUCUCCAGAAUGACUCCCGUGCCUGGUUAUUGCCAACCUAAAUCUCGAUAUGAGUCUUGGAUUGCUCAUGAUUUGAUGAGUCGGGAGGGAUCUCCCGUGGAGUGGCUGGCUGGAUCUGGGGAAGUUGUAAUAAUUAGUCACCAGGCGUGAAUCAUUCCAAGGCAUCGGCUACAAUGGCUUGCAACUUGCCAAAGUGACAGGUCAAUAUCAUAAUCAGGAAAUGGAAGGUCUGUGUGCUGACAAAAUGCCAUGAGAUAACCUGCGAAAUCUAACAGGAAAAAAGGCUGAAGAUGUCAUGUACCAUUUGCAUUUUCUGGUAGUCUGGAAUAAAAAAACAUUUGAAAUGAUGUCGGCCCGCACAAAUUUUUUUUUUAAAUGCGACAAAAUGAAAGUCUGCUUUGAAGAUACCCGGAUCCAGGUUUCAGUCUCAGAUGUUAAGGGACUUCUUUGAUGAAAAUUGACACCAUUUGUCUGACCAGAGUCGCUCAGAAUCGUUUGUUAUUACGAAAUCCGGGUGACACUUUUCAACUUUUUUCUCCAAAAACUCGGUUAAGGAUAUCAAACACUGGGUUAUGGUUCCAUUUGAUGAGAUUGCGAUGAAUGGGUUUAGGUCUACUGAUAUCCUCUUGGUGUUCCUGGGAUGAUUAUCAUGGUGUUGCUUAUCGUCCCUAGGACAAUAAUCGCUAUUGUGUUGGUUCGACCGCUUUGGUUUAGUCUUUGUCUGCUUGUUGUGGACUCAAUCAGACUUGUAGAGUUGUUUUGUGAGAGGAACUACAGUCUCUAUACGCUUUUGUGUUUGGACUUGUCUUCAUAAUUUCAGGUCAUCAAAAAUGGAUUCUUGUGACAAGUUUGGGCGAUCAAUGAGGCGAAAAAGUGAAAAGAUUUUGAAUUUCAGAGCAAGUCAUCAAGUCAUCGUUGAAGACAAUUAAAUUGAUUGAAAGGCUUCAAUGUUUGAGUCAACAAUUAUGAUAAAAUGUGUAUAAAUUUUAAAAUCAUCAACUUUCAAGUUCUCGAGAUAUCUUCAGUUCACUGGUCCUGCCUUACCCUGCUGCAAACAAGCUAAGAAAAUCAUUGACAUCUCAUCAGUAACUAUUUGAAGCAAGUGGUUUCUUCUGCAAUACUAUUCAAGGUUAAGGUCUGUCUGGAGUGUUGCCAUGGAGUUACCCUUAUCUUUUGUGUGUUGUUGGAUGUGAUUUGGCAGAGCAAUAGUCAUGGCAAUUCAACUUUCAUUUACUGGGGCAUCCCUUUACAAGAUGGCCAAAUCCCUCCCUCCAGGGGUUAUCUAAAGAGCCUGUUAUGAACCAAAUUUGACCUCGUCUACUCUCGGCUCAAUAUUUUAUAAGAGUUUUCCACAGCAUAUGUACUUGUGCCAAAUUGAAGUUUCCUGGUGCAACCUUAUUGGAGGAAUUUGUCCUGAUUUUUCAUUCUACUGUUGAUGUAAAGCACCAAUAGUAAUUAAAUACAAGUUUCCGAUUUUAAGAAUGAAUUUCCCUUGCCUGAGAUGUUUCUGCAAAUCACUUCAAUACAGUCUAUCAUAGCAUUUAUGAAAGCAGUUCUUCUGUAUGCAACACAGAAUGGUCAGUUGAACUCAAUUGCCAUUAUGAAUAUCAUGCUCGCCUGUUUGAUCUUGAAAUCACGACUAAGAAAUUCAUGUCGGUUGAAGCUUGUAUUUGUUUUGCAGGCCAUAUUUAGUACACAGAGUAUUCAACUGUGACCGGUUGGGUCAUUAGGCAUGGCGUGUGUUGUGGUUUUCAUACUGGAUCGCAUUACACGAAUCUUUUGUGGCGAGAGUUAUGUUGAAAAUCUGCCAUGUUUUGUUGUGGUGACAGCAAUUUCAAUGUAGGUCAGUGAAGUUGGGUACAUUUUGUGAAAACCUCUACACUUGAGUCCUCUACAAACAGGCAAUUUGAGUCGCCCUCAUCAUAUUGUCAUGGCGCCAUCACUGGUCAUGGCGACUCAAAUUGCUCAUUUGCUUGGUGUUUUUUAGGAAAAUGAUCAUUGUUGAAUUGCAAGAAAUCCUUAUCAAUGUUGUUGAAACUUUCUUAUACCAUUCUGUUGUGUUUUUGCUUGGAAUUAGAAUAGUUAAACUGUAAACUCAUCAAAAGGUGUGUCACUCGUUAUGCAUUAUUACUGCCUUCUCGAAUAGCAUUCCGCGAAGAUGACGUCACUGCAGCUGCUGCCCUCUAUUUCCCCAUCGAUGAAUUACAGGCAAUGUCGGACAAAAUGCGGUUUCGUAAUGGAUUCAGGCUUUCUAACUUGGGUAGUUAGAUUCAAUCUGGCACAUGUCCGAGUGUUGGAAAUACUACAUAAUUGUUCUGAAUAUUUCUCUCUCUGACUCUAUGGUAUCAUUCAUGCUAAAAACAAUGCAGGGUCAAAGAUAAUUUACUUUGGAAUAAGCUCAAAUGCGUAGAAAUAAGUGUCGAUGUCCGACUGUCACGUGACUAAAACGUCAUCAAUAUCUUAUGCAAAUGAUCUUGUGAGCUAUAAAUAGUAACUUCGCGGCAGAUUGCUACUAAUUGUGUGGUUUUCAGUUUCACAAAGCAGUCAAGAUUCAAGUUUACCAGGUUAAACCAGUGACGGGGUUGUGUUUUGGGAUUUUUGCCAAAUCUCUGAUUUCAAUAAGUGAAUCUGUUUUCUGACAAUUUUUGGCCAAUUGAAACAUGGCUAGCAGAGCAAAGCAGAACAGCACUAUUUACAUUUCUGCAUUGACACUGUUUUAUCACACUAAAAUGGUCCAAGCUUAUAUGUGACUCGCUCUACCAAA